AUGGCGACUGCAGCAAGAUCGGCGGCAUCAAUGCCUUCUGCGCGUAAGAAGGUGUUUCGCUCGACCGCAGGACUGACAAUAGAUCAGCAGCUUCAAAUGACCGCACAGUUGCAAGCUCAAGGUGACGAUGUCCUCAAGACCAUUCGUCAAAUGAAAAAGACGUCAAAGAACCAAAAGCAGACAACGAAAACAAACACUCUAAAGAACUGCUCCAAGGAUCUCGAAUCGUUGCUGCUGCGCAUGUACAAUGAGGCGAGUACAGCACGAGAGUCAAGCACAAAUAACGUUAUUACGCCCCGUUCUGGUGGUGAUAACCAACGGGACGUCGACGAUGACAGUGGCAAAAGUCCCGUGUCUGCGUCCAUAUCUACCAGCACAAUUUACGCUGCGGAAUUGGAAGACCUCAUUCGGACAGAACAACUCAACCGCGUUGCGUUAAUCAACCAAGUGGCAUCAGAACGGGAGCAGAGAGCAGCUUUAAAGCAGUUCCUGUCCGCUUUUACUCAAGAACACGGUAACAACUGCCUCUCUGAGGAGAAACCCCGGAGCUUAUCGAAGGAAAUGCAGGUCAAUGUACGCCAGCUGAUCUACGACGCUGUCAUCGGGCGUCAAAUGAUUGAAGCUACGUUGGAAGAAAAAGUACAGUCGUGCGAGCGAGAGUUCGAUGCUUGCUAUCGUAAGGUAUUAGAUACCCUACGGAGCGGUGCCUCAGUAGUAAGUGGAGAUAAACAGCAGAGUCAAGAGCAGAGAAUCGCUGCAAUGCUCGACGCAGCAGGAGCGAACGAGUGCGCUGACGAGAUGCUGAGACUUGAGAUAUACCAAGCAUUUCAAAAGGUUUUCGACCAGCUUGAACAAGAUCUUGCAGAAGACGGGAGAGAAUUCGUCAGCGCUGCAUCUGCUAGUGACGCAGCUGGUAACAUUGAAGCUGCAUCGUCCAGAAGUGGUGGGUGGAAUGAAGCAGAGGAAGAGCUAUUUCUCACCGUUCUUCGCAGCUAUGAGAAGAAACAAGGAGCUGGUAAAAAUAGUUUAUUAUUGUACGAUCAACUCGCGUUAGUACUGCCCACUGUCCCUCUCUUGGAGAUAAAGAAACACGUGAAAUUCCAUCAGCAUCUUCGCUUCUUUCAAGAGAAACGGAAGGAUCGACAACGGGCAUUUAAACGGAAAGUGGACGAGCUUCAGAGUAAAGCCAGUUGCAGAUUUCGUUUAUCUGCUGAGCAAGAGAAAGAGCGAGUACGGAGGCUGCAAGAGCUGAGUGAGAUGCAGCAGCAAUGCGAACAACGGCACCAACAGGUUUCUCAGUGGCGCGAGACGAAAGAAGCCAAAGAACGGAUAGAACGACAGCAACGGGAGAUUGAACAAUUACUAGAAACUCAGAGACAGCGUGAGGGAGAAGUGCAAUGGCAACGAAGACAUGAUCAACAGAAGUAUGCUGUCGACGAGUAUAAAAAAGGGAAAAUACUGCAGAAAAUAGCCGAGGAGAACCGUACGAUGGAAGAAGAGCAACGACGAGAACGAGAACGAGCGCUUCAAAGUGUCGUUAAUGCUGAAAGAGUGCAGUACCGACACGACGAACUCCAGCGCAAAAUGGACGAGUUGAAACAUCAAGAACUUGAUCAAGCUCGUUUGGAAGAACAGCGAUUGGCCAGGCUGAACGAGUUGAAGGAGACAACACCUUACGCUCAGAUCGUCGCCAACAUAACACCAGACCCGGAACGCACUCGACAGGAGACUGCUGCCUUCCGUGCUAACGUCGAAGCUACCCAGGAAGGUCUUCCAAUUACUGAAACGGGAUUGUUUCCGAGUCAUGGAUACGACUGUGAGACGCUAUUCAAGAACGCAAGAUUCAAACUGGGCAUUGCUCUACGGAAUGCUGGGUUAAACUCGAGUGAGUAUGCGCGUCAAGCACUAGCAAAUGUCAAGGUCUGCAACGUAGGAGCGUACAGAAAUCACGUUGCCGAACCUACCAAGCUUUGGUAA